UCGAAAGGUACAUAAGCCCAAAAAACCAAUUAUUAUUUUUAUGGAUCUCGAUGGCAGUCAAUGUGUUCCGACACCAUCAACUUCAACUGCAAUAUUAAAUCAAAAUAGUGUUGGAUUGGAUGCUAGUUUUGUAAAGUCGAUUGCUGAACAAUUGGGUAUUGAAUUGCCGGUCGUUUCAUGUCAACAAGUAUCGGAUGAAGUUUCUGCCCAUCUUCGAAAGAUUUUAAAACUUGUACGUAAAUUUCACAAAUGCAGUAGACGGCGGUGGAUUACUGCAGAUGAUUUGGAGGUUGCAAUGGCUUUUUAUGGUCAUUCUCCACUCAUGUCCAGCUGUGAAUCUACUGAUCCUUCCCUCAGGCAUGUUGGUAAGCAGGGGCGUGAUGUUUUUGUCUGCGAUGACCAAGAGUAUGAAAUUGGAACAUUUUUAUCUUCGCCAUCUGGAAAGAUGCCACUAGAAACAACACUUAAAGCUCAUUGGUUGGUUAUCACCGGAACACAACCAGCAAUCCCAGAAAAUCCUUUGCCACCUGCUCCCCCUGAAAUUUGUCUUUCUGAUGAUCAUGCUCAGGAGCAGGCUCUUGUAAAUGGCUCUACGGGUAGUGGUGGUUUUUUCCUCAAUCAGGCUGCCAAAACAAUGCGUAAAACAGAGCAAGUUCAACUUAAAUCAACUAUAACACAUUCAUUGUCUUUGGAGCAGCAAUUAUUCUUCCUCAAGAUUAUGGAGGCUAUUAUGGGUCAAGAUGAGCAGAAACGCAUUGAAGCAUUGAAUUGCUUGCAAAUGGAUUGUGGUCUUCGCUCGCUCCUUCCAAGAUUUUGUAUUGCUAUAACUGAAGGAGUUCGAUGCAACAUAGUUGUCCAUAAUAUGGCUAUUCUGGUCUACCUGAUGCGUAUGAUCCAGGCUCUUUCUCAGAAUGCUGCUCUCUCAUUAGAGCCUUGUCUUCAUGAACUCUUGCCUGCAAUGAUGUCUUGUAUCCUUAGCCGUCAACUUUCAUCCAAUCAACACACUUCUGAAACUCACUGUGUGCUUCGUGAAUUUUCAGCAGAUUUGCUUGCUCAAUUACUUAGGCAUUAUCGUCUACCGCAUAUUCAUACUCGAGUAAUUCGCGCUCUUUCAAGGGCUUUUACAGACCAAAACAUUUCUUUGCCUACUUUGUAUGGUGCUACUUUUGCUAUAUGCGAGCUCGGCGCUGAUGUUAUCCUAAGAAUUUUGCUGCCAAAUUUGGCGACGAUCUGCGAAACUAUUCAAAGAGUACAUUCUGACAAAUUGUAUAUUAAUGAGCGUUCUUUGGCUCAACGGUUAUAUAAUAAAUUGGUGGAAAAAUUAAGUGCUUUUGCGCGUGAUUCAAACUGCGUGCUGCAGUUGCACACACUUGCUGAUUAUCGUGAUCAUUUUGUUGGAUUAGCAGAAGACAUAUAUAAAGUGUGCAAAAACAACAACAAUAAUAUUAUAACUACACAGGUACAUCAAUAA